AUGGCGUGGGAGCAACUCUCCAUCAACAAGCCGCACUUGGUGUACCUCAUCCUGGGCGGCUUCACCAGCCUGUUCAUGCUGUGCUCCUCUGUGAUCAAGGAGCGCCUCUACAUCGGCGAGGCUACGGUCGCCACGCUUUGUGGAAUCAUCUUCGGUCCACACGCUGCGAACCUCAUUGAUCCGCGCUCUUGGGGCAAUGUCGAUCAGAUCACGUUGGAAUUUUCGCGCAUUGUCCUGGUCGUACAAUGUUUCGCCGUUGGAGUCGAAUUGCCAAAGGCGUACAUGGAGAGGCAUUGGAGGUCGAUUGUGUUCCUCCUGAUACCCGUCAUGACCUUCGGCUGGCUCAUCACCAGUCUCUUCAUCUGGGGUCUCAUGACGCCACAUCUGAACUGGUUGGAGAGUCUGACUGUCGCUGCCUGUGUCACGGCGACCGAUCCAGUCCUGGCAUCCUCCGUGGUUGGAAAAGGCAAGUUCGCGAAACGCGUUCCCAAGCAUUUACGUGAUCUCUUGUCAGCAGAGUCCGGCUGCAACGACGGCAUGGCCUUUCCUUUCAUCUAUCUUGGUCUUUACCUCCUUCACUAUCGACCGGAUGCGUCGAAAGUGUUCUACCACUGGUUCUGCUUCACAGUCUUGUACGAGUGCGUCUUUGGCGCCUUUUACGGAGUUGUUGUGGGAUAUGCGGCCAGACGCGCUAUUCGUUACGCUGACGAGAAGAACCUCAUCGAUCGAGAGUCCUUCUUGGUGUUCUAUUUCGUCCUGGCACUAUUCUGUGCAGGCUCUGGUGCUUUGCUGGGACUAGACGAUCUGCUUGUCGGAUUUGCUUGCGGAGUCGGAUUCAGUAACGACGGGUGGUUUACGGAGAAGACUGAAGAAUCCCACGUGUCGAACGUUAUCGACUUGCUCAUCAACUUGGCAUUCUUCGUCUAUUUCGGAGCGAUCAUCCCAUGGGAGCAGUUCAACUCGGGACGUCUGGGACUGGAUGUCUGGAAACUGGUUGUAAUAGCGCUGCUGGUGCUGUUCUUCCGUCGGAUCCCCAUCAUGUUAGCGCUCAAGCCGAUCAUUCCCGAUAUCAAGACCUGGCGAGAGGCCCUCUUCGCCGGCCACUUCGGACCUAUAGGUGUCGGUGCCAUCUUCGUUGCCAUUUUGGCUCGAGCCGAGCUGGAGACCGACUCGACUACUCCUUUGCGAGCUUUGCCGCCAGAGUCCACCGAAGAGUACAACGUCAUUUACCUCAUCUGGCCGAUUACUACGUUCCUGGUCAUCACUUCAAUCGUUGUCCACGGAUCUUCCAUCGCCGUCUUCACGCUCGGCAAGCACAUCAACACCUUGACCUUGACCAUGAGUUACACCCAGGCACCCGAUCAGCCUUCGUGGAUGGAGCGACUCCCAAGGAUACAAUCGCGAUCCAAGAGUCAGAUGUCGGCUUCCAGCUUCGACGAGAAGAGUGGUCCGGGCAUGUUGCCAAUCGGUGCACCUGGCACCUUCUUGCGACGACAAAAGGAAGAGGACAAUCCCAGUCGCAACCCGAGCCGCGCUUCUUCAAGACAUCGGUCGAGAGGAAGCAAGAGUAAGAGUUGGGACUAUGGCAUCGGGCCCGGUGGUCCAGUUAGCCAGUCCGCCAUCGCGCCUUCGCGCAGACAAGAAAGCCCUGAUCAUCGUAACAGCCGAAGUGAUUCAGACACUCUUGCGAUGAAAAAUGAUCCUCCUUCUGACAGCACGGAGAACAAGAAUUUUACUCCGGAGAACGAGCGUAAUGUUCCAGAGCACAUCAACCCGGAUGAGGUCGGUGAGAUUUAUGAAGAGGGUCAUCAGACUGUGUAUGAGGACGAAGAUGGAAACGUCCUGGCAGUGGAGAAUAGUAAAGGGCAGUCUGGCGACAAGCAUCGAAGCAGCGCAGAGAUGCGCGAAGCUAGAAGACUUAUGCAUGAGGAGGGCGCUGACGCCCAUCAUGGAGUGGCGCCGCACCCGCAUGAGAUGCUUCCGGACAAUAAAGCGGCUGCCGACACUGAAGCAACGACCGAGACCAAGAUGCCUGAGCGCCCAGCCAAGAAUUGGCGGAACGGCUUGAACAAGGUCGGAACCAUGACUGGGCUCCGCAAGAAGGCUGGUGACUCGAAAGCAGAGGCGAAGCCGGAGAAACCGAAGCAGGCCAGCGGUCCGGCUCGAGCUUAUCAAUACGGUAACACCAUUAUUGUCGAAGACGAGGACGGAGAGGUCAUCAAAAAGUACGAUAUUCCGGCACCGGAAAGGAAACAGUCGACCACACAGGAUCCCGAAAAGUCCAAGCAACGCCUCGGGCAGAUGAGCAAGAUGCUGGGACUUGGUGGCAAUACAUCUGGACAAGCUGCGAAUGCAGGACAGUCUGCUGACGGCAACGGCAAGAAGGGCGAUGGCAAUGCGGGUGACGAUGACGACGAACGCAUCCGUUUCACCAUGACGACAGGUGGCCGGCGCAUGAGCAAAGCGCAAUUCAUCAACGAGAUCCGAGGCAUGGACCCGAAGUCGAGAGUAGAAGCGGUAGAAGACAGCAACGCUCCGGAAGAGGUCAAGCAGGAGGCACGUAAAGACUACCGCGAGCAAACACAAGCAGGCAUGAAGUCUCGCGCUCCAUCGUCUACCGCCGUACCGAAGACGAGCCGUCCAAAGCCAUCAAGAGAAGACACCGCACCCGAUGAUGAGCAAGGCACGGCCGCUGUUCGCCAGUCAUCAACCAGCGACUCAAAAGACCUCAAGCUUGUCGACUCCGAUGACCGCGAAGUCCCUUUCCACGAUGUAACCACCGACCUUCGCUCCCGUCGAGGCCGCGAAGGAAGCGAGACCGCCGCUGAGCGUCGCCGUCGCGUCGCCCUCGAGCGCGCACAGGAAGACGAAGACUCCGAAGACGACGGUACUGCUCGUAUUCCACCUCGCCGUGCUGGUCCUUCAAGAGCAGGAUCGUCGCAGCCUGCAGCCAACGACCGCAGCGCUAGCAAUGACGCCGGCGAAACAGCCGCCGAGCGAAGGAGACGAGAAGGCGCGCUGGGGAUCCACCAAGAGGAGGACGAGUCGGAUAGCGAAGACGAUAAUCAAGCGAGGACACCGCCGAGUAAAAUUCGUUUUGCGGAUCAGCCCGGCGGGCAGGCUUCGGGAUCGCAGACGCCGACGGAGGGUACUGGCCAGCCGAGACAGAGGCAGAGUGUGUUGAAGUGGGGCACGAAUGUCGGACGGUAG